GCCUCAGGCUGCAGAAAUCACCGCGCCUCACUCGCCUCAACAGUGAUUCUGAGUCUGCUUUUAGCUUCCCUUCGCCUGCCUUGGCUUUUUCUGUUCGUGAACAGCUGUUUGGCCCAUAGCUUAGAGAAAACAGCCUUUUUUCUCUACCAAGAGAACCUCCUCCCUGUGCUCAGAGAGAUGGGGAGCGGGGAGCCUAAUCCUGCUGGCAAGAAAAAGAAGUACCUUAAAGCUGCCCUGUACGUGGGUGACUUGGACCCAGAUGUCACUGAAGACAUGCUCUAUAAGAAGUUCAGGCCUGCUGGUCCUCUGCGCUUCACCCGAAUCUGUCGUGACCCGGUGACCCGCAGCCCCCUGGGUUAUGGCUAUGUCAACUUCCGCUUUCCAGCGGAUGCUGAGUGGGCCCUGAACACCAUGAAUUUCGAUUUGAUUAACGGCAAACCAUUCCGCCUCAUGUGGUCUCAGCCAGAUGACCGCUUAAGAAAGUCUGGAGUUGGAAAUAUAUUUAUCAAAAACCUGGAUAGAUCCAUAGACAAUAGGGCCCUGUUUUAUUUAUUUUCUGCGUUUGGGAACAUUCUCUCAUGCAAAGUCGUAUGUGAUGACAAUGGCUCUAAGGGUUAUGCCUAUGUGCACUUUGACAGCCUGGCCGCUGCCAAUAGGGCCAUCUGGCACAUGAAUGGAGUGAGGGUCAACAACCGCCAGGUAUACGUUGGCAGAUUCAAAUUCCCGGAAGAGCGGGCAGCUGAAGUCAGAACCAGGGAUAGGGCAACUUUCACCAAUGUUUUCGUUAAAAACUUUGGAGAUGACAUGGAUGAUGAAAAACUAAAGGAACUUUUCAGUGAAUAUGGGCCAACUGAGAGUGUUAAGGUAAUAAGAGAUGCCAGUGGGAAAUCUAAAGGCUUUGGAUUUGUGAGAUAUGAGACACACGAGGCUGCCCAAAAGGCUGUGCUAGACCUGCACGGAAAGUCCAUUGAUGGCAAAGUCCUAUAUGUAGGGCGAGCACAGAAGAAAAUUGAACGCCUAGCUGAGUUAAGGCGGAGAUUUGAACGGCUGAGAUUAAAAGAAAAAAGUAGGCCUCCAGGGGUUCCUAUCUAUAUUAAGAACCUGGAUGAGACCAUCGAUGACGAAAAACUGAAGGAGGAGUUUUCUUCCUUCGGAUCAAUUAGCCGGGCCAAAGUGAUGAUGGAAGUGGGGCAAGGCAAGGGGUUUGGUGUCGUCUGCUUCUCCUCUUUUGAAGAGGCUACCAAAGCCGUGGAUGAGAUGAAUGGUCGCGUAGUGGGCUCCAAGCCCCUGCACGUCACCCUGGGCCAGGCCAGGCGCAGGUGGUGA